AUGGUAAACCUAAUUUCAACAACACUACCCCUGGCCUUUGCGGCUCUGGCCUCGGCCAGGAUGUGCAAGAACAUUACGGUCGAAAUCGACAUCUCGGCACGGAACGCUGUCUUCGAUCUCGAGGCGCCCAAGACGAACGUCGAAGUAACCAACUUCUUGCUUAAUCUCUCACAACAAGGGGCCAACUACACCGCGACAGUACUGAAAGAUUAUGCCGACGUCAGUGGAACCUACCAGCUGACCUCGACCUACUGCGAGCCCGACGCCGGCCCGGGUGCCGUCAUCCAGAUCCUGACCCACGGUAUUGGUUUCGAUCGUAGCUAUUGGGACUUCUCGGCCAAGGGCGGCGAGUACAGCUACGUCGGCCCCGUCGUCGACGACUACGGCUUCUCGACGUUGACCUGGGACCGCCUCGGCAUCGCGCAGUCCUCGCACGGCGAGCCCGUCAACGAGAUCCAGGCCAUGCUCGAGGUCGCCGCCCUCAAGGCGCUCACCGACAAGGUCCGCGACAGCACCCUUCCCGGCCUCGAGGACCGCAAGUUCGCCAAGGUCGUGCACGUCGGCCACAGCUUCGGAUCCGCGCACAGCUACGCGCUGACGGCGCUGUACCCGGACGUCUCUGACGGCAUCAUCCUGACGGGCUUCGCGCAGAACGGGUCGUUCCUGGCGGACUUCAUCCUCGGCGGCGCCUUCAUCCAGGCGAACCAGGUGCCGGCGCUGAGCGACUACGCGGACGGGUACAUAGCGUCCGCGUACGAGGGCGGCGUGCAGGUCAACUUCUUCGGGCCGGACAACUUCGAGCCGGAGAUCCUGACGGCCGUGUACGAGGCGGGACAGCCGGUUACGGUGGGCGAGUUGUUGACUGUUGGCGGCGAGGCUGCGUCGCCGAACGCGUUCAAGGGACCUGUUCUCAUUGUCACUGGAGAGAGGGAUAUUCCGUUCUGCGGAGGAAACUGCCUCGCAACCGGCAACCCUGAUCUGCCCUCGAUCCCGGCCUCGUCUGGUAUGAUUUUCAAGAACGCCAGCGCUUUCGAGGCCUACAUCAUUCCUAAGGCUGGACACGGUCUGGCUUUCAGCACUUCUCACGUUGAGGUGACGAGCAAGAUUUCUGAUUUCCUGUACCAGAAUGGCCUGGGCUGCCUGAUCUAA